AUGGAGAUGACCGGAAUAGCCACCGGAUUUUGGCUGGCCUGGCCAACUGCCGCCGUCGCCCACGCCGGCCGCACCCCAUCGCCGACUCCUCACUUUUUUUCAUCCAUGCCGGAAGUUGCUGCUUCAAAAAAAACUCCGACGGCAAAGCUCGUCGAUGGUGAACUGCAGGGUGGCGGCCGCUCGCCACACCACCGCGUGCUCGUGAAAGGGCUUUGCAGUUGCAAGAGGCAGCAGCGCUGCGGGCGGAGCAGCGCGCGAGCAAGCGCAGAGGAGCAGCUGCAGCGCGGCGUGGCAGGCGGGGCGACGCGCGGCGUGGAGCGGGUCAGCAGCGAGCAUCGGGAGCGGCGCCUCCUGCGCGUGGCGUGCCGGUGGGCAGAGAGCGAGCGGGCCGAGAGCAGCUGCGGCGGCAGGGAGGGAGAUCGAGCGGAGCCAGGCCGCCCUCGCGGCCGCGCCCGUGCCGCCCGGUCCGCGCCCAGCGCCGGCGAGGCCGCGCCGCCCGCCCGAGCCGCCCGCGCAGGCCGCGGCCCGCGCCCACAGCCGCGCCCGCGCCGCCCUCGCACGGCCCGCGCCCCACGGCCCCGCGCCGCCCCUUGCACGCCACGGCCGCGACCCGCGCCGCCCUCGCACAGAGCCGCGCCGCCCGCCCGCGUCUCCUCGCUCCGGCCGCCCCGCGCCUCCUCACUCCGGCCGCGCCCGCGCCUCCUCGCUCCGACCUCGCCACGCCGCGCCUCCUCGCUCCGGCCACGGGCGCGCCGCCCCGCGCCGCCCUCACUCCGGCCGCGCCCGUGUCUCCUCGCUCGGCCGCGCCCGCGUCGAGCUUGGGCAGCGCUCGCCACGGCUGCGCCGUCGCCGGCCUCGCCACGCCGCGCAGGGGCUCGCUCCGGCCACGGGCGCGCCGUCCAGGCCGCGCGGGGGCUCUCCUCUGCCGCGCCGUCCUGGCCUAAGCACUCGCCGCAAAGCACCUCUCCGCCGCGCCGUCCAGGCCUGCGGGCGCUCGCCGUGCCGCACCUCUCGGCCGCGAGCACGGGCGAGGGCGCCGCGACGGAGCGCAGCGGCCUGGGGCGAGCUCGUCGGGGCGCGGCCUACCACGGAGCUUGCACGCGCGGGGGCGGCACGGGCGGGGGCGGAGGUCGCUGGGGCGCGGCCUGCCGGGAUGCAGCGAGCACGGGCGCGGCGGAGCUCGCCGGGCUGGUUCAUGGCAGCUAG